AUGUCCGCGUCUCCACACGACGUUGAGCGUCUUUUUCUCCAAGCUGUACUGUCUAGAGGUGCACUUUCUGGGAAUUUGGCUCAAACUCUAUGGGAAAAGAGCGUGGAAAUCGUCAAUGCCUCUAGUGACGCGCCCAAUAUCCAGCAUUCAAAGGAAAGGGCUGCUUGGGAUGAGUUUGUUUCCAAGAUUAACAAGUCUCUGGACAAACUUCAACUUGAGUUCCGUCAUCUUCACGACGAGGAUACUGGCAAGGAGAUUUAUGCUUUAGUCAAUCGAAUGGGCGACGAGAUUGCUCAAAUGGCGACGGAGUACACCCCCGCAGAAAUUGCGUUUUUCAAGGCUGUAGUCGAACAAAUUAUGUUAGCACCCAGGGAAUCUUUUUCGGUUUCAUCUCUUGCAGCGCUCCGCGAAUUGAGCGCCAUCAAGCCCAAGUCGAACAUGACCAAGACUCAGGCAGAGGUGGUCUUGAGCAGCUUUGUCGCAAAGGGUUGGCUUUUAAAGAGCAAACGAGGCCGUUAUUCUCUCUCGACUCGUUCUUUGCUCGAGUUGCUCCCUUACCUCAAAUCAACAUACCCAGAAGAGAUUGUAGAAUGUACAAUUUGCAUGGAGAUAAUAACUCGCGGAGUGGCAUGCUUCACGGCCAAUUGCAAGACUCGGCUGCAUUAUCACUGCUUUGCUACAUAUCGGCGUAGGCAACAUUCUUGCCCAUCUUGCAGCAAAGAAUGGCCAAGAGAAGCAAAGGAAAAACCGCUAGUUCCUGUUGGUGAGGAUGCUGCAAAGGAUGGCGAUGACGGGAAACGCCGAGUACGAUUGAGAAGCGCAGAGCCUUCUGACGAUGAAGAGGAUACUGUUGAUGAGGAUGAACAGCCGUCGCAAUCACAAGCCCCCUCAGGGUCGAAAAACAAACGCCGUCCGAGUCGAAAGACUAAACCGCAACCUGAUGAAAGCAUGGACAUUGAUGAAGAUGAGGCCGAUGCAACCCCUCCUCAGAGAAACCGUCGGGGAGCAAAGCGUUAA